AUGUCCUUUCUAGUGGUCUCUACCCGAAUCAUCCUACGCCGACGUGGCCUCCCCUUCCCGCCCGGUCCUCGUGUGCUUCCCCUCAUCGGGAAUACUCUAGACUUUCCAACGUCAAAUAUUCCACUGCUUAUCUUGUUCGCACUCUUAUAUCAUACCACAGGACCACUGAUAUACUUGAACGUACUGGGCCAGUCUAUCAUCAUAGUGGAUUCGUAUGACACCGCUCGCGAACUACUGGAUAAGCGGUCGAAGAACUACUCCGGCAGACCCGAUUCCGUCAUGACCAGACUAGCGAUGUCAUCGGAUUCCAUAUUGAUGUUACCCUACGGGAAAAGCCUGAGACACCGCCGGCGAAUCUUUCACCAGACGCUACAACUCAGCUCGGUGAACACUUACUUCCACCCCCACAUUCAACACGUCUCGCGCGAUAUUCUCCUGAACUUACUGGAGAAGCCUAACGCCGUCUCCCGUCAUAUGAGUUUUGCCUUUGUUGCGUCCGUAUUGAGCAUUGCAUAUGGCAUCAAGACAUCCAGAGACGACAACCACUACAGCAAUAUGUUACAGCAAACGUCCGAGCUGAUAGAAACCGCCGUAGUCCCCGGAAAGUAUCUAGUCGAGCUGUUUCCCGCAAUGCAGCAUCUUCCAGCAUGGUUCCCAGGCACAGGGUUCAAGAAGGAUGCGAGCGCUGCUCUAGAGAAAGUCCUGGAUUUCAAGCGGAUCCUCUACGAGGAAGGGAUGAGUCUCCUACCCACCGGCGACAGUAUGCUUUCUCUGAUGCACGAACAAAUCACCGCACCUGAAGGUGAUGCCGCUGCGGAGGAAGAAGAGCAGUCCAAAAAUGCGCUGAUAGAAACGUACAUGGGCGAGUCCAAAUUCACUGUAGCUUCCUUGCGUGCAUUCUUCCUCGCAAUGGCAAUGAACCCCGACGUCCAGAGGCAAGCGCAAGCUGAGCUCGAUAGAGUUAUCGGGCGAACACGGCUCCCAGAGUUGCACGAUCGCGACAGCUUGCCCUACAUAAACGCGCUCGUUAGGGAGCUCAACCGAUGGCACGUCGUCGCACCCAUUGCCAUCCCUCGCAGUGCGCUGGAAGACGACGAGUAUAACGGCUACUGCAUUCCGAAGGGGUCAAUAAUAAUUCCCAACCUCUGGGCCUUCUCGCGUGACCCCGACGUGUAUCCUGAUCCGGAGGCGUUCAAUCCGGACCGCUUCCUGAAAGAUGGCGAGUUCUUUACAGGCGCUCUUGACCCACACUCGUACAUCUUCGGGUUUGGAAGGCGUAUUUGUCCCGGCCGCCACCUCGCGGACGCCUCGCUAUUCCUGGCCUGCGCGUCGAUAUUGUACGCGUUCAACAUAUCACCGCCCUUGGAUGAUGAUGGGAGCCCGAUUAAACUGGAAGCCAAAGUGGUGACCGACCGCGCCAUUGCGUGA